GUGAAUUUUUAUCAUAAUAACACACACCAACCAAAAAAAAAAAAAGUAAAAAGUGCAAAAGCAGACAACCCAUCAGACAUAACGAGUUUUCUCGCAUAUAUGAAGGCACAAACACAGACAGCGACGAAUUUUUGGUCAUACAGGCGCUACAACCAAAAAUUCGUUGUCUGUACGUGAAACGUGAUCGUUUUUUGUCGUAGGCUAGCUGCUGUAUGCAUUUGUACGUGAAAUAAAGCAAAGUAACAAAAAAAAAACAAGAAAGAAAGCAAAAGUGAAUAAAACAACAAUAAGAAAGUGAGAGUGUUGAAUUCAAAACGAAAAAAAAAAUAAAAUAAAUUUUGGGGAUUUUAAUUAAAAAAAAAAUAAAAAACUAAAAAAACGAUGGAGUACCAACCAUUGCCACCUGUUUCAACGAUGCAACAACUCACGAAUGGGGGAGGCGGCGGCGGAAAUAAUCAUCAAAAUGGCGUCAUGAACGGGAACGGAUUGCAGUUGAACACGAUGCAACCGCCAUUGUUGCCGCUUAGCAUGCCCCUCCAAGUGGUCCAUAAUUUGCAACAGCUGAACAAUAAUAAUAACAACAUCAAUACGCCAAACAAUAACACAAUACUCAACAAUACAAACAACACACAGAACACAAAUUCACAGAAUCUGCCUCCGCCGCAGCAGCAACUUCUGCAGGCGAUCCAUCAGCAGGGUGGCAAUGGUCCCAACAGCAAUCCCCCAAAUAAUACGCCAAAUGGCGGCGCCACUGACGAUCAGGGAAAUCGUUGGACGCAGUAUCAAGUGCAGCAGUUAUGGCGACAACAUCAUGCUUAUUUGAAUGGUAAAGUAGAAGUUGGGAUUUUUUUCAGAAAAAAUGCCGAAAGAUGGCGUUGGAAGAAGGAAAAUUUGCAUUGA